CGCGUGGUGGACGUCGCCCGCAGCAUCAAUGGCAUGUCAGCCGGCCAUGAAGCAUGCGGAUGGGGUGGUCAGCAGAUAUAUGGUGUUUUCACAUGCAGCUGGUGUGCAGCUGGUGGACAGUGUCACGGAAUGCGAAGAUAUAUGCCUUGACCUGGAUUUCUGCUGGAUAGAUAUAGCCAACCCGACGACCCAAGAGCUGCUGGACCUGGGAGAGGCAUUCCAAUUGCAUGCGCUGACGGUCGAAGAUAUUGUCAAUGAAAGCGACCGCGACAAGAUCGAUGUGUUCGACGAUUACAUAUACAUCGUGUAUCGCGCCAUCAGGUCGACAUAUGGCAUGUCCGAAUCAGAGAUGCUGACUGCCGGCAGUGUGGGGGAUGAUGCUUGCGCAAUCGCAAGCGAUCAUUUCGCCAUCCUUUUACGCGAAAAUGCCAUCAUCACAAUCCACCACGAUGCCAGACGGCAACACACAUAUCCAGUCAUCAGUCGGCUGGUUGCAAUACACAACGCAGUCGCUGGCGACAGCUCUGUGUUGGCAGGGCUCACUGUGUUUCCGCCAUACGUUGCGUAUGCAAUCAUCGAUGAAAUCACGGACCACAUGUCGCCGCGCAUCGUUGAGAUCGAGCGGCAGGUGGAUGCCAUCGACGAGCUAGUCCUGCUGCUGACGCAAACCGAGCAAGAAGACAUGCUGCGACGUAUUGGGGAACGGCGGCGGCAGAUUCUGUGCAUGUGGCGACUCGUACAGGCUAAGCCCGAGAUCAUCCAUACCUUGGUUCGUGUGAUCCAGUCCGACUCGGUUCUGCCGCAGCUCGGCGACGAGGUUGCACAGUACCUGGGCGAUGUCAGCGACCACCUAAUGGCAAUUCUCAACACAUGCUCGCAUGCCGAGACUGUUUUGGCGCGGGCGCACUCGAACUACCUGGCCAAGAUUUCGCUGGAGCUGUCGCGGGCGACGUUCAACUCGAAUGCAACUACCGAGCGCUGGACGAUGCUGGGGACGAUCGUCGUGCCGAUCAAUAUCGUCACAAGCUUUCUCGGCGUCAAUUUGAAAAUCCCGGGCCAGGACAGAGACGACACGCUCAACUUCUUUAUUGUGAUGGCGUGCAUGGCUGUGUAUACAAUCACAACACUGGCGUUUUGGCGAUGGCGCAAAGUGCUGUAAGCAAAGAAAGUCCGCCCACAACAUCAGCCCACAGCAACAUCAGUCCACAGUCUGCAUUGGUGCAUGGCAGCCAAGAGCGUCAUAGAGUGAGCGUUUUGUUAUUGAGGACAUGUCGAUCUUGCUAUCACCAACCCCAAAGCCUGGCAGGCACAACCCCAUCACGGCCGCAGACGCCUUGUUUGUUUUGCAGCUGGUAGAAUGCAGCUUUAACCCCGACAAUCCGAACGUGAAAGCAGAAUUUUUGCAACCCAAACCGCAUUUAGUUGAGAAAAAAGUAUUAGUAUUAGGAAG